ACGGCAAGAAAAAAGAAAAUAGGAUUCAGUAGUACCCAGUGUAAUAUGAAAGGAUAUAGUCCCUCUCUGUCCUGUAUUACACAAGCCCCAGGCUCACAGUGUACAGCAGCAGACAGUAGCCUGCACUCCAUAAUUAUUGACAGGUUUGAUGUACUCAGUGAGUGGAAAGUAUGGGGAAAUUAGAGUUUCAGUUGGCUACCCCCAGGCCCAUGACUGUAAUGGAAAAAUUAAAACCUGUGGUCACAUCACCCACCCAGUGCCAAAAUACUAGCCAUUCCUGUCUAACUCCCGCCUUCCUGUUUAUUCCCAUCACCUCCAUUUUUACUUUCUCCCAGCCACGUUGAAUAGAUUAUAGGGGAUUCACUUAUUUAGAGGUUAGAGCAAAAGCUCUGCAGUUUAUUUUUGGAUCAUCCAGCUACAGCAGGAGUGGUUGAGGAUCUAAUUGAAGUAAGUUACCUUUGCCUUGUGGCACAGUGUUAUAUAGUAGAGCAGCCAGUGAGUCAGAGGCUUAGUAGGUCAGCUCAGUGUUGCCACUCGGCUGGGAUCACACUUUCAUCUGUUGUACCGGGACUUCCUGCACAACUUCGUCAUGUCUCUCAGGCUCCUGCCGGCUUUCAUUACGGAUAAUGAUGAAGAUGACGAUGGUAAUUUCACAAAAUGGAUGAGCAGUUACUGGGGUCACGGCGCAGAAGCUGGACACUCCAGAGACCGAAAACGCAGUUUCAGAAGACCCUCGAAAACACAAGCUGAUCGAAGAGCAUCACUCCCGACUGUGUCACAAUUAGAUGCCAUGAAGUUGAACAGGCUCCAUGCAGCGGCAAUGGCACCCGCCCCGAGCCACGUCAAAACGAGAGAGGAGAAGGGGGACGUCAGGCCUCACCAGCGAGCUCGUCGCGUCCCCUCAGACGACAACAGCCGUCCCAAGUCAGCCAUUCCAGAGAACCGCAUCACCACUAUCCCAGAGCUCACAGAGUCAUUCGAGAGGAGACUUUGUCUCUGUGAUGCCAUGUCUAUGAAUGAUGACAGGUUGUGCCUGAUCUGUCAUGAGAACAUGCAGAAGAGUGGAGGGGGAGUUCAAGAGCUGCACUGUACACACCGCUUCCACAAAGAGUGCAUGGAGCAGUGGCUGUGGAAGAAACAGACGUGUCCCACAUGCCGUGUCCGUGUGUUCACGCUGAAGCCCCUCUACUGGUCUUCGUACCGCACCAAAGUCCCAUAAUGGUCCUGUACCUACAUCUGCCAUGCCUGCAUGCCCAUGUGACCCACUGACCCCCAGACCUCCACCACACCUCAGUCCUCCUGCAUGAUCACCCGCUGCUCCUUGGUCAACAUGUGAAGGUGUACUCAAAACAGUACUCAAGGAGGAGACUUUAGAUUAUCUUCUGUCAUGGGAGGGCCCUGGACGCUGUAUGAGAGUUUAGGGCCCCUCAAUAAGAGAGAGAAACUGUAAUUUGGUGGUCUCAGAAUGUUUAUUUAUAUAAGAUUAAAAUGUUCUGUGUAGAGGUUUUGUCUCUCUUAUCUCAUUUACCAUAAAGGAAUAAUUUGACAUUUUGGGAAAUAUGUUUAUUUGCUUUCUUGCAGAGAGUUCGAUGAGGACAUCGAUACCACUGUCAUGUCCGUGUAUUAAAUAUGAAUAUGACAGAACUAAAUCUUGUGGAAGUAUUUGAUGAUGGCAUGGACAGAAAAAAUAAUACUUAUAGCUUCCUGAUGACUAGCUUUGCUAGUCUGAAAGCGAGUGAGUGCAGCCACCUGUUUUAUGCCUGUGUUAAUAAUCUUUACUCUGAAGUUAUAAAAGUGAGCUCCUCCUCCUGAAACAGUGAGUCUGUCGUACCUCAUUUUCCAUCUGCUCCAUCCGCCUGGCUUAUUGUUUUGCAUGUGACAUAUUUUGCAUGUGAGGUCUAAUGGACUGUCAUCUCUACACUGUUGUGUAUUUUGCACUGCCAAAUGAGAGUUUACAGCGUGUGCUAAAUGUCCAACAAAAUCAGACUGCCUGUAUAUAAAUGUAUCCAUAUAAAGAAGCAAUUAUAUAAAUGUGAUUUUAUUUCUAGUUACUGACAAAUACUUGUCUUUCCAUGUAUAGGAUGUUUAUCGCUACAUUAUUAUUAUUAUUUCAUGUGAUCUUAAUACAUUUACUACCAGUAAAUCCUGGUAAUCUACUGUGGUCUUGCUUAGUUUUAUGUCCAACUAAAAUGAAUCUGUUUGCGGUCUUUGUUAGGAUUAGUAUAAUUAUAACUGGAAGGUAUCCAAGUCAUUUAAAAAAAAAAACUCUUUAAAGGGGAAAUUACAUUAUAACUAAGCUAUAUUUACUGUCCUCUCUGAGAGUUACAAAUUUGGUUUCUGGAUUGUCUUUCAUACAUGGCAUAUUAAACAUUUGUCGUAUUGUGCU